GUUGAUGCCUUCGUGUUCGCAGCAGUCUUUGCGUUCAGUCUUCGUUUGUGAGUGCGUGUGGUCUGCGGCGAAACGUUUCCUUAAGAAUCGUAUCAUUGGGUGGUGUGAAAUCAUUUAUUUAGGUCUUGUUUAGUUGCGUCGUCACUGAGAUUGACAUGAUGAAGUGGCUCUCAGUAGCUGUCGCCCUCCUGGCGGUGGCCUCCGUCCGGCCUCAGUGCUUCUCCGAGGAGGACGACCUGUCCAUCCCCCCCAGCAACGACCUCUCGGGCAUCGCUGACUUCGGCCUCGAGCUCUUCAAGGAGAUCUUCCCCUACAACACCUCCAGCAACUUCUUCUUCUCGCCCUAUAGCGUGUGGAGCGCCCUGACCCUCGCUUACUUCGGCUCGAACGGGAACACGCAGGCGGAGCUGGAGCGUGUCCUUCGAGUCGACGACAAGGUCACCACGCUCAAGAACUGGAGGACGCUCGAGUUCCUGUACGACAUGAGGCAGACUAACAACAGCGAUUACACUUUCAAGGUGGCCAACCGCGCUUACUUCGACGAGACCGUGAACUUGACUGGCUGUGUGGGUGAUGUUCUCAAGACCGAGCUGCAAAUGGUCGAUUUUACCCAUACUGAGGAAGCUGCCGGGACCAUCAACGACUUCGUGUCGAACACAACCAAGGGCCGCAUCCCUUCUCUGGUGGAGGCGAAGGACCUCAUCAACGCCAAGAUGGUCCUGGCCAACGCCGCCUUCUUCAAGGGCACUUGGCUCUACCAGUUCAAGAAGUCUGCCACGCGCCCCCACCUCUUCUACUCCAGCCAGACCGACUACACCUUCGUCGACAUGAUGACACAGAAGGGCAAUUUCAGGCACGGCGUUUCUGAGGAGCUUGGAGCCCACAUCCUGGAACUCCCUUACACCGGCGAGGCCAUCUCCAUGUACAUCCUGUUGCCUCCUUUCAUCAGCGGCGAACAGGGCUUCAACGCCAUGGUGGAGAACCUUAACGCCACCACGCUCCACUACGCCAUCGAAAACAUGUGGCGUCUCGAAGUGGAGGUCGUUGUUCCCAAAUUCAAGCUGGAGCAGAUGAUUGGGGACGAACUUAUGGAGUCCCUGUCUCGCAUGGGCAUCAACGACCUCUUCACUCCCGGCGCCGCUGACCUGACGAGUUUCGCGCCCGACACCGACCUCAGCGUCGGCCGCAGCAUCCACAAGGCCUUCGUCGAAGUUUCUGAGGAAGGCACAGAAGCCGCAGCAGCCACUGCCUUCAUCUCCCUGAGGAUCGCCAGACCCGUGGGACCCGAGAAGUUCGAGUGCAACCACCCGUUCCUCUUCGUCAUUUACGACAAUCUCACCAAGAACAUCCUCUUCAUGGGAGCCUACAAGAACCCCAAGGCUUAAGGUCCCCUUGGGUCCCCAAACUCAUUACAAAGAAUGCAUCGGCGUUGCAAAGGAAACAGCAACAAACAAAAUAUUACUGCAGGUUGAAUGUACGAAUGAAUGAAUGAGCGUGUGAUUCAUUACCCGUGGUAGGGAUGCUGCUGAUCUGGCAUUGGCUGUAUUCCCUCUCUCUUGGUUAACCAUGUGCCGUGUACUUGAGUCAACCACGAAACUGCAAUACAGGAGAUCCAACACUUUGGUUCGUGUGUUUGAGCUUGUAUGAACUGAUCUGAACUAGUGUGAACUUGUCUGUCGUUUUCUUCGAUUUACUAUCAUACAAAUUACUUUCUUCCCAUGUUUUUUUGUAACUUCCAGUUUUGUAGAAUCUCCCAUUUAUUUUGGUUAAGAAGUAUAUCUGAACCAGAUUAAUGAUAAGGAAUAAUGCAGUUGGCGAAAUGUAUUGUACUUGAUUAUUCUGUUCUGAAAACACUGACUCCGCCCUUACAUUUGCAAAAUUCCUUACUUAUUCUUAUACUGAUACUGAACAAUGCACAUUUACACUUAUGCAUACAAAUCCAUACACAACAUACUGUAUGUAUGGACGUGUACUUGAAUAUCUGUCUCUUUUCCAAACCGAAUGAAGUGAGAAUUUUUAUAUUUAUUCUGACAACCAAAGUAUGUGCUUACCAUUAUGUUAAGUUAACCAAUAAAGUCUUAUAGUAAAACA